AUGAAAGACACCCGAAAGAGGCACAGCAGUCAGGGUAUCAGGCAACCAGAAAGUAGAUAAAGCUGUAUCUUGGCUGAUAAGCUCUGUUGAUGUUAGCAAGCAGAAGACCACAAUGUACGUUCUUUCCAAUAAGUAGAUACACUAGAGUACAUGCAAGGAGGAGGAAGAUGCAUGUCCACUACUUAAUCUGGAUUUGUAUUCACUUCUCCUUUGGUGAGUCUGAAUUUCAUUACCCAUGUCAGGAAAUCUGCCUUUGCAAAGAAGGGGCCAAGUUUGUGAACUGCUCUGGAGUCAAUGUAACUGACAACCUCAUCUUCCCACUUGAGACUGAGCACUUGGAUUUGUCCAUUAGUAACCUGUAUUCUGUUCCAAGCAAAGUUCUGAAAUCCCUGUGGAAGUUACAAGUUCUGCUUCUGAGUGGGAACUACAUCACCAAAGUUGGAGAGAGAGCAUUUAGCUCUCUAGAGAGACUCCAGAAGCUUGAUAUCCAUAGAAAUGAGAUUACAGUGCUUGGAAGCAGUUUUUCCACAGGGCUCAGUUCUCUCAGAGAGCUGAAUUUGUCCUAUAAUAGGCUCCAGGAACUAUAUUACAGGAACUUCCAGCAUUUUGAGAACCUUCAGAAGCUCAGCUUCCAAAAUAACAACAUCUCCUACAUAGAAAUGGGAGCCUUCCGGAGUCUGACCCGCUUGAGACAGCUUCAUCUUCAAAAUAAUCACCUCUUGAACCUCCACAAUGGGGUCUUCUCCAUGCUGCAGCAUUUAGAGGUUCUGAACUUGGAGGGCAACAGGAUAAAGACGAUUGCUCCUGGGGUCUUUACCUCCUUGAACCGCCUCACGGUACUUAACUUGGUGCACAAUGAAAUUGAACAUAUCCAAUUCAAAACCUUCCUAACAAUCCAGACCCCUGGGACACACAUCUUGCUCUCCUACAACCCGUGGUUCUGCGACUGUGACCUUCAGAGAGUCUUUGCAAAGCUGCACAGUGUCAAGCGGCUUAUCUUGGAUGACUACGACAACAUGACAUGCAUGGAGCCGCAAGUCCUGAGAAACCUGUCCCUGUCAUCAGAGGACACCCAGCUUUGCAUCGCAGAGACUGUGACGGUUCUCGUCAUUACCUUCACAGUGUUCAUUACGGUGGUGGCAGCUAUUGUGAUGGCUGAGAGGAACAGGAAGAAAAGGACAGGCAAGCACUGGAGUGAGGACAGUGACAUCUCUUACGAGUCACAAGACUGAGCUUGCUAUCAGGGCCUUUCUCCAAAGCUUUUAUUACUUGGACAUGUAAAGCAAUCUAGGUCAGACUGUGUGUGUGUGAGUCUAUUCGAGGAUGGUUAUCAGAAAAUAUUGGUGGCUAUAGCCUGAGCUCUGUCCUGCCAGAUGGUGAAGAACCUCACCUGAAAGGAAGGCAAGAGUUUGAAACAACUUCCUCAGAAGGGACUUGUUGGACAGGUUGUUUUUGCCCCUGGAGACACACGCUUGCUGCUUGUUCCUUGUGAUUUUAGCACAAACUCCAUGACACCACAGUGUUUGUACUGAACCAUUCCACUACAGUGAAAAGAACAAAACCUAACAGCCAAUUAUAGGGAUAAUCUCAAAGUUGAAAAUCACAUCCGAUAGUUAGAGAAAGAAGCUCUUGCCUUGCUACUGAGUCAUGUCACUGUAGAUUAUUAAAAUAGAGUAUCCUCUCCAGAGCCUUCUAUAUCUCAUUACCUCUCGUCUUCCCUGCCUCACUCUACAUCCACAGUGCUCAAGAAGACUAUGCCCUAUGUGACUGUGAUUUGCAUCAACUACUGCAGGUGAUUGCAAUUGACCUCCCACAAUUCUCUUGCAACUCCCCUAUCCGCUGGACGUCUGGCAAGAGGUGAGCAUUUGGCAAGGUAUCCAAAAUCAAAACUCCAAAACCAAAUGAAACCAGUGUCUGAAUCAUUCCACCCACAGACUCUCUCUCCCUCAUGGGAUUCUGUGCGGCGAGUAGCCUGAGGCUAUCAAGCAGAUGACACAACAUUCAUCACCCUCGUUUGUAAGACCACUUGUGACAACAGUAAUUCUUAGAGGGACUAGGUGGGGAAAGGAAUAUCUUUUAUUGGACCAACUUCUGUUGGUGAAGGAGACAAGCUUUCAAUCUAUACAGAGCUCUUCUUCGGGUCUUUGACUCUCUAAUAUCCUGGGACUGACACAGCUGCAACAACACUGGGAA